UGACAAUGGACCAGUAUAAUGUUUGAAGAAGACGAAGGUGACGCUGUCAGAUGGGAGUAACAAGCAAAUAAGGAAUCUUCAGGAAACUAUUAUGUAGCCUGGUUUUUUUUGUGUUCUUGUAUGCUGAUCUUCUCCAGAUUAAGAAACACUACAUCCUGAUAGGCGCAUACAGAGCAGCGCUGUGACAUCCUUCCACACUGUGUUUCCCUGCUGCUGAAGUUUCACCCGUCCUGCUCACCGACUGUGGUACGCAACUUGACCUGACCUGGUGUAAUCCUCAAAGUCAUUUCUGCUUUGGUCGACAAGGUCUCGACCGAUCACUUUAUCUCUCGCCGUCCUCUCGAGGGCUCAUCCGCCUCUCACGCCUGGAGUAGCCACCACAGCGCGCUGUCCAAACCAUGCAGUGGAAGAAGUAAAUGAUGCAGUGAAAAAAGCACCGUGGGAGGAUUCUGUGGACGUAAAGCUGCUCUUUGAGAGGUACGGAGUCGGAAUUCUGGAGUUUACGGAAUCCCGACGUGUGUAUUCUGUACCGGGCACAGAGGGACACCGUUGCGCAGUCUUUACGCACAGCCAAAAGAGCGGACUAAGAGGGGGGGACCUGUCAAUCAACACCAUGUCGGCGGCAACAGCCUCAAUAACAGAUGUGUCCAGGACCAAUUUUAUUAACGGACGUGACCUAAGUAGCUCAGUUCAGUCCCAGGCUCAGUGCACACCUAUGCCCUUACCUGCCCUGGGCACUCAAAGGAUCAUCCAGGGAAAUGGUACCAAUGUGGGCACAGUCAUUUCCCUGCAGUGCCCAGCCAAACACAAACUGAUGGGAGGGGAACUAACAUGUGUACUAGGCCCAAACAGCACCCAGUGGGUGGGCCAGACCUACUGUAAACCUCUAUCUGCGUUUGAGGACUAUGGUUUCCGAGUAGCCGUGCUGGCAUCUAUUGUGAGCUCAGCCAUUAUCUUCUUCAUGUCCAUGGCCUUCAUCACCUGCUGUUUGCUCGACUGCAUCAAAGAGGACAAAAGGAAACAGCAUGAGAGUGAUCCAGAGAUGUGGCAGUGGGAGGAGCAGGCCCAACAACAAGAGGACAGGCGGUCUCGCUACAGUCAUAAAAGCAGGAACAACAACAACAACAAUACCCAGGAGAAGCUGAGUUCACUGUGGGACACCAGUAUCUCAGCCUCGUGUGAAAACAUGAGGGCCUCCAGAUAUCAUCAACAGUACACCCAUCAACCUGUCUGCACGUGUGGCCCAGUUCCUCUGCUAUCUGCUCUCCCUGGCUGUGACUAUGACCAGCCUCUAUUACCCAGAAACCCACAGUAUGCACAGAUUUCCAGUGAACCACCUCAAUGCAGCAGACCUCCUCAGUCAACCAUUCAAAGUGCAAGUCCAGGCCCUGACCAGGUCCCAGCAGUAGGUUCUGGUAGGAUGUGGCAGUAUGGAGGACAUCAGAUCAGUUUGUCCGGAGGGAACCCAUCAAACACAGAUGAGACCAACAUGAGGAAUUUAAAGAAGGAAUUUUCUAUUCGGAUUAUAUCGGUGUGAGGAAACAUCCCACAGAAGUGUUCUAAUCCAUAAAGAGCUUGUUUACAGACCACGAUUGUCAACUUUAUCAUUGAGAUCAAAAAGAAGUGAAAACCAAACGUUGUUGAAAUGACCAUGGUGCAGCUCUGAUCAGUACUGACGGACUCAUGUGCCUUCUGUAAACUGUGAUGGCACACUGCCCUCUGUCUGAGAAAGGACGCCAUUGAACAUCCAGGACUCCAGCCUUGUUUGAUUAUAGGCUUCCUGUAAUUGAAAGAGACUUCCACGCCUGUAAUUGAGCUUUUCAAAAAACCAAUUACAUUGUUAUGUUGAGAUACGUGUUAACCAUUGUUGGAACUAUAUCACAAGAUUUGUGACAAAAAGUCCUCUCCUGAGCCGGAAGAGUCUGGCUUAUUGGAUGAGGAGAGCGAAUGAGAAACCUGUGGCCAGUACAGUAUGUAAAUAUAAUUUGAAAGAAUGUAAAAAGUUAUAAUUAUUAAAGAGAUACUGUUUUGCAAUGGA